UUGGGGCUUGAAAGUGUACUAGUUUUAAAACAAGAAAACAGACGCGAAGAAAAAACUUUCUUUGGAAGUUUUUCAGUGCCUACAACGAGACCGUUUCAACGUCAGUACGACACCGGUAGCAUUCGAGCCAACAUUCUUGGUAACGGGCAAAAUCUUAUCCGUACUACACUCGUCGAUCAGAAAAUCAAUACUGUUGAUCCAUCUUUCUAUGACUGCUUCUACGGUAUUGCCAACAGCCAGUCGAGAAUCGUCGAACAAUGCUACAAGGAUAUCGGAUGCUGUCAGUUCGGUUGUUGCGAAAACGAUGACUGGCACGUUAAGUACGGAUGGGCAGUGGCGUUGAUCGUAAUAUUCUGCAUAUUAGUCAUCAUCGCGUUCCUUAUUUGGUUGGUUGUGUGGCUAAUUAAUCGGUCGAAGGAUAAACGCCAAAAACAGGAGAUCAUGUACGAACAAACAAGGUUCCCAACAGUAAGUUCGCUAAUCCGUAGUAAUCAAUUGUAA